GGUGGGCGGCGCGGUGGGCGGCGCGUGCAGCCGUUCCGGGGACGGGGGAGGCGCGGCGGGAGCGGGAGCGGGGAGGCCGCGGGGCUGGGGAGCCGCGGGCGGGCAGUGCUCUCGGGCCUGGGGCGGUUUUCCUCCGCGUCGCCUGGCUGCGGCGGUCGCGGGCCGGGCCGGGCGGUUCCCUGGCGGCCGGGGACGCGUGUGUCUGCGCUGAGCUCCCGCCGGCGGCCGGGCUCCAUGGCGGCACUGCAGCUGGACCCCGAGCUGGCCAAGAGGCUCUUCUUUGAGGGCGCCACGGUCGUGAUCCUCAACGUGCCCGAGGGCACCGAGUUCGGCAUUGACUACAACACCUGGGACGUGGGCCCCCGCUUCCGCGGAGUCAAGAUGAUCCCUCCGGGCGUCCAUUUCCUCCACUACAGCUCUGUCAGGGGAGCCAGUAGCCGGGAGACAGGGCCGCGCACAGGCUUCUUUCUAAGCCUGCAGCAGCGAGACUUGCGGGUGCUGCGCUGGAACCCCACCAACGAGGAAGUGGAUCUUACGCCAGCAGCCCAGGAGGAGACUGAAGCCAUGAGAGCGAAUCUGCAGGAGAUGGACAAGUUUCUUGGGCCCUAUCCGUACGAGACCCUGAAAAAAUGGAUUUCCCUCACCAACUUCAUCAAUGAAUCAGUGAUGAAGAAGCUGCAACCAGAGAGUGGGCAGAUCUGUGCCUUUUCAGAAGUUCUCCCUGUGCUGGCUGGGAAGCACACCAAAGACCGUGCUGAACAAAACUUGCCCCCAUACGACGCAGAAUGCAAAAGCUAUGCUGAAGGUAUGGCACGGCUACCCAAGAUGAAACUGAAAGCUGGCACUGAGAUCAGAUUCACAGAGCUGCCAAAGCAGAUGUACCCCGAUGGUGCUACUCCAGAAGAGAUCACCAGGCAUAGCAUGGACCUUAGCUAUGCUCUAGAAAAAGUGAUUAAUAAGCGGUACUCCAGCCAACCUCACGAUUUGCUUGCUGAGUUGCAGUUUGCUUUCAUCUGCUUCUUGAUUGGGAAUGUGUAUGAUGCAUUUGAGCACUGGAAAAGACUCUUAAAUAUCCUGUGUCGAUCCGAAGAUGCCAUAGGGAAGUAUCAAGACCUUUACACAAAUCUCAUUUCUGUGCUGUAUCACCAGCUCAAUGAAAUCCCAGCUGAUUUCUUUGUGGACAUUGUCUCCCAGGACAACUUUUUAACCAGCACCUUACAGGUGUUCUUUUCCUACACAUGCAGUGCUGCCGUGGACAGGACACUAAGGAAGAAGGCUGAAAAAUUCAAGGCUCAUCUAACAAAGAAAUUUAAAUGGGACUUUGAGGCAGAGCCUGAUGACUGUGCUCCUGUAGUGGUGGAACUUCCUGAAGGAGUGCAGGUGGACUAAGCUAAGUGCUUGCUUAGAAACAAACAGCUGUUUUAAAUAACUUUUUCUCCACAACCUCCCUAACCUUACCAGCUUCUUAGAACCUGCUUCUCCAGCUGAUUCCUCUUCCUGAUACAGAAGCAGAUGUGAAAACCACAGAGGCAUUCCUCACUUGGUGAGGAGACCAGAAUUAUUGGACCUAUUCAAAUGUUGCCGUGUGGCGUCAGUGGUUACUUUGGACAUCUCAUUUUUUCUAGCUCUUCUGCAGCAACUCCUCCUUCUGUACUCAUUCAGACUACUAGAUCCCUGGUCUCUUCCGUCUUCCCUGGGCUAGAGGAGACACCCUGUUCUGAGAACAUCUGCGUUUUAGACAUGGAGCAUUUGCUGCUCUAGUUUGAUGCCUCCAGAGUGAGGAGUGUAAGCUCGCAUGAUCGAUCAUCACAGCUUUCUGCAGCCUGACCCCAAGCUGCGAACCAUGAAGUUUUGCCCUUCCUAGGCUUGCAUUACAGGAAUAAAAUCAGAAGUGUUUCAAAACUGUUGGAUACUUAUGCUGCUUAAUGUGAUUUGUUGCAGUGGCAUGUUAUGGAGGAAAACUCAAAACCACAGCAGAAUUCCUCCCAUUCUAUAUACCCCUAAUAUUGAGGUAUCUUAUUCCUCCAGUUCUGUUAAAAGCCUUUUAUAUUUACUGCUGACACUGCCUGUUUAGCCUAAUGUAAAAGAAUAUUAACAGCCUGGUAACAAGAAAUACAAUCAUUGGACAGUAGCCAUCAAUCUUUCAAAACAGAAAGUAGUCAGAGCGAGAUAAAAGGUCAGACUUUUGCAUGAACUGGGCCCUUCUGUCUUAUAAUUGGAAAAAUUAAGUGUUUUCACUAGUGCCAGUUUCUCCUUUCUCCCCAUUCCCCCAGGUGGGCUGUAUGAGAACUUGGUGCUUAUUCAGAGUUUUGGAAGCAUUGUAGAAUGACUUUAGUGUAUUAGCAGCAUCCCUGUUGUGUUAUCUUGUAACAUGUACUCUGAAGUGUAUAAUCACUAAGCUUUUUGGUUUAUUUUUGUUUUUUCUUUUUUCUCCCUCCCGCAAAGGGGAAUCCCUGCUGUGUAGGGAUUUGGUCCUUCAGCUUGCUUGUUACUUUCUAGGUUAUUAGACUCCUUCAGGAAUUUGUCUGUAUGCAUGUCUAGCAAGAUAUGCUGUUUGUUAGUCUUUUAUAGUUCAAAAUAAAUCUCUUCUCAUAGCCUUUCCUACAAAAAACAUCUGUACAAAUUGUUUGUUAGUUAUUUAGCCAAAGCUUGUAGCACUGUGGUACUGCCCUGUCUCUCUCGUUAGGAUGUCCAGUGACUCCAAAAGUAACAGAGCAAUGGUAUCCAAGAACAGCUCAUAGUUAAAUGGUACCUGGUGUUGCAUGGUGCAAAAUGCAGCAUAUUCUGGAAGGAGGUAUGUGAUGAUGUGCUCCCAAAUAAUGAGGUGCUUGUCACAGGAAUCCGCUGUCAGAAGCCAUAGUCUACUGCCUUAUUGCUAUCUUUUCCCCUUCCUCAAGGGCUCUGUAUGCUUCAUUACUCCAGGGUCUUGGUUUGUCUAUUUUAAAUAUUGACCAAAGGCCCUUAGGGGACUUUACUCCAAUUUGGCUGACGUUGCUGCUAACAGAGUGUUUUGCACUUAAAUCUUUGCACAAUUUCUCCUCCUGAACACCUCUGAAGUUUUUUAUAUCAUAGUUUCACUGUGUUCUUCUCUUGUUUUUGUGUUCGUCACUUGUUUAUGUCCAUAGGGAGUGCUGUCUUCACAGUUGGUAUUUGGACAAAUCAUUUGUAAUCAGUGCUCCCAGCUUUGAUGAAAGAUUCCUUGUUGGCUGGCUGGCUUUUUGCACCAUCCUGAUGACUGGUUUUGUUGCUUUGGAGCAGAACACCAAUUACUGAUAUAAGUAGUAAAGGUAGCAAGGAGCCUAAGGGCUUUCCUCUCUGGAAGGGAGACAAGAAGAAUAGUGCUCUGUGGGAGAGCCUUUCCCUGGCCGCAGACCAGGCUGGCUAGGCAAAGGCAGUGUUUCACAGGCUGUUCUGGCAGUGCUCCCAUGUCUUUGCUUGAUAGGUUAAUUUGAGUGUAUCUUCGUUAAAUCUCAAAAACAGUAACUGAACAUUAAUUUCCAAAAUGUGUAACAGUCAGGUUCCUGUGAUGAGCUACACAUCUAGCAACUGAGAAAAGAGAUUGUAAUUGUCCUUCCACUGUGUUUUUCUUUCUUUUUUUUUUUUUCCUCUCUUUCUUUUUUGCAAGGUUAUAAUGGGGAGAGGAGUACUAUCUUUUAUUAGAGCCAUGAAAUAGCUGUUGAAGAAACAGGCCUUUGGGGAGGCAGUCCUUUUGUUAGAUGUGAAACAGAAGCAGCAGACUUUCAUCUAAAUGUAGGUUGAGGUCGGUUGCUCAGACUUCAGCUCAUUUAUGGGAAUCAGUUGGACACUUUGAGAGAAAAAGGAAAUUGGCACAUGUGAGGCAACACAAGGGAUAUGUUAGUAAAGGGGGAGGUCAUAAAUUUGGGAGGAGAAAGAGAGGAAGGCUGUUUUUCCUCUUGAAGUCUGCAGGAAGGGAGGGUAUAAGGAGAACUGUAACAUGUAAUGGAAGGAGUAUUUUCUUGCCUUAGACCAGCCACGACUAUGAUAACACUACCCUUCCUUUCCAACUAAGGCAGAUAAAAUAAACUGAAAGCAGAAGAGAGAUUGCAUGUGUAUGUGUAAAUACACACUACUGCAAGCUAAUGAAGUGUAAUAGGUGAUGUGUUUGCAACAUUGAUUCAGGAAUGAAUUAGGGUCAGGCCCAGCAGCUUUUGGUUUGUUGUGAAGUGCCACUGAAGCGUGAGGUAUGUUGGCUUUCAGCUUAUGUGGAGAGUUGUCCUGCUGCCAGAGUUAUGUGAGUGAGGCAAAUUGGUGUCAUUCCUGGCCCAUGAUAUACUUUCACUUCAAACUGUGUUGGAGCAUGGCCCCUGCUCAGUCUUGAGUGAGGCAGGUCUCUUAUGGAUUGACAGUGGUAUGAGCUAACUAUUCAAUACCCCUGAAGAUGCACUGCACACCAUAUCUACAAUGCAAAACCCAGUGCAAUUAUGUUCAGUCCUGAGAGCUGCUAUUCUGUUUUUCGUUUUACUCUCAGGCUCAGUAAUGUUAGCCAGACCAGAGUUUUGAGAUGCAAUGAUAUUUACCUUGUGUGAUUGCGUGUGUGUUCUCUGUCACCACACUGAAGAGAGAAUUGCUUCCUGUUUCAUUGAUCCUGCAAACCCAAAGGUGUGGAACAUGCAAACUCAGGUUACGAAGGUCAUCCCUUCCUUUCCAUGGAUGUAGUACACCAUUAUUUUAUUGGGAAUCAGGGAGUGUUUAUUUUUUCUUCUGCUUGAUACUCUCCUUGUCAGCCUCUUUCUAUCAUCAUGCCUUUCUAAAGAGAAAUGGCACAUCUUACCCUGUCAGUUCAAUGUAGCUUCCUUUGUGAUUUCCACCUCCUCCUCCCCAGCUGUUAAAAAAGCAGACCACUUCCAUCUGUUUUCAGGUGGAUUGCUGAUGGUGACUUCAUUGUGUCAUGGCUGAACAUCCCCCAAGAAGUCUUGGAGCUCAAAUUGUUUUUACGUGGCAGCUAUUUCAGCAAUGCUUGAACUCCUACGACAGCAACGCUUACAGACGUUGAACAGCACCAAGGUCAUACAGUGUUAGAUGCUACACAAACAUGUAGAGAUGUUCUUGUCCCACAGCUUUUAUCCUCAAAGUGCAAGCUUCCCUACAAAAGAGAGUAGGGGGGGAUACUGCAGAAAGCAAUCAGAGUGACACUAAAUAGAUCGUUAGUGCUGUGAUUUUAAUAAUCUUAAGUGAGCUCAGGGUUAAUUAUUAUUGGAAACAGCAAUUAUUUUCAUUCCUCUGUGUUUUCACUCUACUGCUUUAUGUUAAAUUUAACUUUUGAUUAUUUGCUCAAUAGCUGCUUAUGGUAACCCUAGCCUUUGUGUGCAGCGUGUCUUGUUUCAGUUCCAGUCUAUUUUUAUUAAUAGACUUUUUUAUUGUUUACAUUGUUAUUUUUGGAUUUAAAAAGUAAGGGUACAAAUGACAGAUACCCAACUGGCGUUCAUGCCUCUGAAAAAUCUCUCACUCCUAGUAUUGUUAGAGUCUUAUAUCUAUACACUACCUUUCUUUGGAGCGAUUUCUUUUAUUUUUGCUACUGCUUAGGUAUGCUAUUGACAGCUGGACACCAGCUGUUAUGGUUGGAAUGGCUGGCACUGAGCUUUUGAAAUAUGGAGAAGGAUGGACUGGAACAUCUUUAUCCCCUUCUCUGAAAAAGGAAAUAAAAUCUUCCCCUGAUGUUGCUGUUCAUCGUCCAACAAAGCUACGACAGUGGUUUAUUCUACAUCCCUGUUGCUAUAAAAGGGAUGUGCUAUGAAUGGUCAUUCCUUCAUGAUGUGAUCAGCUGGCAUUUCAUAGCUAUUUUUGCUCCUCCUCAGUAAAUGUGCACCUCUUGUCCUCAUUGCAGGCUGUGGAACUGCAGUCUGCCUGGCACACCCAGGCUAGGAUUUGACCUUGCAGGAACCUGUCGCACGAGGCACGUGUUGUACAAACCACACCAUGGAAUUGGAACAUGGGUGGGAGGAUGCACCAUACAGAAUGAUUGCGCUGGAGCCUGUAGUUAAUGCACAGGAGGCAUCGACUGUGCAUGGGCCUAACUGACGGAGAGUGUCACCUCAGGGACCUCAUUAACAGAGAGUAAAUGAGCUGCAAGGCAGCCUUACUACAAAUAAAUAAACUCUAAAUGGGUUAAUCAAUAGGAAAAAUCCAUAAACACAGACUGUCAAAGCCACUGCUUUGGAUUUGCUGGUCUAACUUGCUGCAUUGCCUGCUUCAGUGGGUGUAGCUUGCACUGAGAGCUUUGCAUUUUCAUGAGGAAGAAGCUGCUGUCAAGGCUCAGCAGUUGUUGCAAAAAUAGGUCGUGCAGCUGCAGCUUUGCUGGUGAGGUGCCAGGCCUAUGCCUUGCUUUCCUCCAGCAGAGCUUAUCUCAUACUUCCAGCAGUACUUGUCAGCCUCAGCUUGAGGUGCUUUGUGGUCCUCCAGGGAUUUGAAACAAAAAGGCUGUGCUCGCAUUUGUCGCAGCAUGUUUGCAAGCCAAGGCAGUCCCUGACAGGUCUCCAAUUUGGGCAGGCAGGAAGUGAUAGGGAGCACAAAACAGCUCAACUAGAGGGUUAAUUUUUCAUCUUAGGCCCCUUGCUGCGAUCGGGACAGAUGUUUCAGUGGCCUGGUAAUUCCUGUCCCCUGCACCUCCUGAGCCAAAGGGGACGUUUAUCUCGAGUGCCAAAAAGUUUCCUGGAUUUCAAAUCUCCAAAGCCAUAAUGCUUGAGGACACCCCCCCCCCUCCACUUCCGCCUCCCCCUGGCUCGUGAAGGCACUUUUAUGUGCCGUGCAAGCCUGGCCUCAUAAGGGAAAGGUACCAGUAUGUGCUCUUCCCUGGCCCUGCUGUGUCCCCUUUGCACAUGUACUUACUGUCUCCUUGCCAGGUUUCCUAGAAAUUCUGUAAAAAUUACACCUCUCCCCACCACAGACAUUAAAUAAUUCAGUAAAUCAACUGAGAUAUGUAAAGUAAGAAUGGUGAAAAACUCAGACAUUUAGUGGCAAGUGGGUAAAUGAAAGGCGGGAGUGCUCUGGAACUUAUCUGGAAUAGAAGGGAGAGCAGCGCUCUGCUGCCUUGGCCUGCCGGAGCCCCUGGAAGCCUCUGUGAUGGGUUGGAGACUGGGGACCAGCGUUUGCUUGGGACACAUGCAGGACUCACCAGAGCAGGAGGGAGUUUUAUCCUGUGCUGCAGGCUUCAUCACUUUUUUCAAAGUCAGAUUUAGCCACGUUUGAUUUAUGUAGAAAGCUGAAGUUGAUUUUAAAAGCAAAAGUUGCUUCUCCUCCCCCGCCGCGAUUGCUGUGCCUGAGUUCAUUAGGACAAGACUGGCAUGAGAAGGCAGCAUAAAAAUAAUUGCCGUGAUUUUUAUGCAGCAUAGUAAAUUUAAACUCUAAUAUAGAUGGCAAGUUUCAAAUUUAAAGUUGUUUUGUAAAAAAAUGCAUUUUUUUCUUAAAGAAAACAGGUUGUUUUGUUCUAGUUUCCAAGAGCUGAUUUCUCUCUACUUGGGGAGCCACUGGAAGCAUAAGGAAUAGCAGGUGGAGACCAGGAGGGCUUAACUCAGAAGUAGAUGUGGCUUCAUAGGAGGCUGUUGAGGGUUUUGAAAUGAGAGUCAUUAAGAAUGUUGUUAUUGAAAAAUUAGGUGUAGAAAAGACAUUCUCUCUUAAUGCUGAAGUAGGAACUGUUUUGCCCUUGCUUUGGAGGUAUCAGAUGUUGUAUGAAAUCCUGUGAUGCAAGAACAGUUUUUUCUGACUGGAAGCAGAAUUUAGGAUUCUUCAAGAAUUACUGAGUAAGUGCCUUUGAGCAAGCAAAGAGGUGACUAUGUCUGGUUGGAAAGGAUCUUCAAGGACAUGGAUUUCCUUGAGAAUCUGGUCAAUUUAAUGCUGGUUUUUGUUCUUUCUGAAACUAUCUUUGUUUGGACAGUGGGAUUUUCUGGUAGCUGUUUUCUAGGAACCUGUGUUGGAUAUCCCAAGCUAAUUCUGUAGCCUGAAGGUUAGCAGUGACGAAGGUUAUCUGUGGGACUGUUCCAUUACUGUGAAAAUUGUGAAAAUCACUUAUAACUUUAUAGAAUUUGUAGAAAGCUUUGAGCUUAUGUGCCAGGAGCAGUUGUGGUGAUGAUGCGAAUUUUUACAGCUUCUCCAAAAAACAAUCUUUACUUGUAUUCUCUUUACUUGCACUGCUCUUUUUCUUUCUCUUCUGCAAAGAUUAUUAUGGAGACAGCGUCGCUGGCUGGAGCACAAGGUUCAUCUUGUGUUUUAAAGAAAACUUCAACUGUUGAAACUUGUUUAGGUCAAGAAGGCUGCUCAGGAGAAGAAAAAUGGUUUUCAGUGAAGGAGAAGGACCUUCGGAUGCUUGGUCCUCGUUACGUUUUAAGCACACAGGGGCUCUGAGCAUUCGUGCUUGCUUGAUGCAGGUAGAUAGACUGUGUUACUCCAUUUAGUCUAAGGAAUUGCUUAAACCGGGUGGCUAUCCCUGAGAGCACUGCCCUGUCUCUUAAUGCUGGAGAGAUGUAUUCUGAGCCUGAACUGGGCUUCCCAGUUGGAAAGGCGAUGGAAAAGCUGUAAAGGUUUCACUCAAAGGCUUGUGAUACAUAUUGGCCUGGAAAGGGACUGACUGCUCGAGCAUCCAAUAUUAGCUACUCCACAGAACUACAGAACAAGCUCUGACUCAGGUAGUUCUGCAAUAAUCUGCAUUUUGGGGACAGUUGUUCCCUCCAAGCAGAGGUCAACUGUUUCCAGUAGCAGGAAUAUGAACUGUUUCUUUUAAUAAGGUUUGCUUGAGGAUUUUAUUUAUUUACAUUAAUAAAUAUUCACACAGUGCUGCU